AUGGCGUCACCAGACUCAUUUCUCGAAAUUGAGCAGCGAAAUCGGCUGCCGACACUGUUCGAAGUUCUGAGUCGGCGCACUUUAGCGCCAGUUGAUCUCUUCUCAUUCUACAUUUACAUGCGCGACCAGCAUCGCUCUGUGGACUACCUCGAUUUCUGGCUCGAUGUCUCUCAGCACAUGUCACUUUGUCGUCACUACGUCCGAGAGCUUCGCCGCUCGGUCUUGGUUGCAACUCCAGAUAUGGAGAGAAUCGACAGCCGCGGGUCUGCAAUGCUGGAAAAUUUGGAAAAUCUGGGCGACAUCCCACUUGUAGAGGCUGGUCCCUCUCGUAUGCAUCAGAACGAAAAGGAUCGUGAUGCCGAUCAUCGCCUGUCUGCUUUUUUGCGAUCGGAAGGCCACACUUCCCACUCUCCUCAGAACAGUGUUGGCUCUCAACAGUCUGCGCUCGAUCAUCGACCAAGCAGCGGCAAUGGCAACGGCAUUGAUUCCAAUUCUCCUGGUCACACAGUCGGCCGCCACGACAUUCGAGCCAGCGCAGAAAAGAUUCUCUACACUUACCUGCUUCCCGGCGCCGAGCGAGAGAUUGUUCUGCCCGAAACUAUGGUCUCAACUUGUAUCAAUCUGAUUGAGGACGAUGGCCGCGAUGAUCCCCAAGUCUUUGACGCUGCGAAGGACUAUGUCUUUCAAGCCAUGGAGCGUGACGCGUUUCCCGGGUUUUUGCAGGCCAAGGCGCUGGGAAACCUGGUCCCGCUUAGCAUCGUUGCUCGCCUGGCUUUUGCUCUGAUCUGCUUUGGUGGAGGGUUCUGGGGUGCCUUCUACGUGGUCUUGCGCAACAAGCCCCGCCAUAUCCGAUGCUGGGUGAUCCUGCCCUUUGCCGUUGCUGCGUACUUUAUUGUUUCGUAUCAAUACAGAAUCGACCCUAUCAUGGCAUUCCUGGGAUACAGUGAAUACACAUUCAUGAGCUGGGGCGUCAUUCGAGAGCCCUAUGUACGCAAGCUUUUGAACAAACGAGCUCUGGUCACCGCUUUGAUGUCUUUCUUGACCGCUGCUGCUCUGAGCAUUCUGUUCAUCUUCGUCCCCGGAACCAUGCUGUGA